UUUCGUGGAUUACAAUCAAUCAUCCAAUAGCGUUAGCCACAGCAUCAGCACCAUUUCUCCCAAUCCGAAUCACAACGAUCGCGACACAAUGGAUCUUAUCAAUCCCUAUAUGAGGCAUCACACAUUUGCUGCCGCGGCUGCUUCACAGAAUUCUCCCACAGCAGCCGUCAAUCUAUUGAAUCGAAGUCCACCUCUUCAUCAUCAUCACCCCGGGCAUUUGGGCAAUGGAUUUCCAGAUCCCUCCCAAAUUGAAUAUCAAAACCAAUUGUUGGAUUAUCACAAUGCCGCAGCGGCGGCCGCUUAUGCGGCCAACAACAAUAACCAUCCUUUGAUGCUCUUGAAGAAUAAUCCUUCGGCAGACAAAUUGCAUCUGGAACCAAAGUCACCACGAUCCGCAGAAGAUUCAUCCACGCCACCUCCGCUAAUGUCAGCCAACAAUCAUGUGUCGGCAGAUCACCACCACCAGCAUCAUUCUACAAAUUCUCAAGCCUCAUCCCGCCUUCAAUCUGAGUCACCGGAUAAUUGCCAUAACUCUUUUAAUCAAAGAACCCGCUAUGACAACAAUUCUAGUCCCGGUGUCGAUAGUUCCAAAUCGUUUUCCGUUAGUCAAAGAUCCAGUGAGGAGGCCGGCAACAAUAGUGAAUCGAGUCCCCCACCAGCUGACUACAGUCCAGAGAAUCUAUCGAAUCGGAAGUUUACCUCCUCCAACACCGGUCAUCCGCUGGGUAUACACAACAACAAUAACAUUGGCUUGGAUCACAAAUUGCCUUUGAGUUUCUUGGGUCCCCCCUUGGCGGCGUUACAUUCAAUGACUGAAAUGAAAGCUGGUGGUGGUGGCACUGGAACCGGCAAUAAUUCUUUAAAUGGCGGUUAUGGUAAUUCACAGAAUCCUCAUAUAAUGACCGAAAAUCGUAUUGCAGUAUCAUCAGCCGGUGUUGCUGGAACAACGAAUACUCAAACUCAAGGUACGGCCAAUCCGCAUGGUAUCGAUACGAUAUUAUCGAAACCGCCGCCGGUAACAUCGGCGGGUUUAAGUGCUUUAACGGGAGGUGGCAUCCCACGUUUUUCAAUAGCCGCUGCUGCGGCGGGUAUGGCUCAAUAUUUGUCACAAAACCAAGGAACCCCGCUGAAAGGCCAUGGUGGCCAUAUGGUCGAUCGGACACAUUUGUAUUGGCCCGGUCUGCAAGGUCUAGUAGCCAAUCCAAUGGCGUGGCGAGAAAGAUUAUCAAACACAAUGUCCGCCAAUUUGUCACAGUCACAUCAACAUCAUCAAUCCAGUGAUAAGGAUGGCAAAAAGAAACAUACCCGCCCAACAUUUAGUGGUCAACAAAUCUUUGCCUUGGAAAAGACAUUCGAACAAACCAAAUAUCUGGCUGGACCAGAGAGAGCAAAACUAGCAUAUGCCUUAGGAAUGACUGAAUCACAAGUUAAGGUCUGGUUUCAAAAUCGUCGCACCAAAUGGCGCAAACGACAUGCCGCCGAAAUGGCCACGGCCAAACGCAAGCAGGACGAUAUUGGAGGCGACAAUGGUGACGAUUGCAGCGAACCCAUGGACAGUGACAGUGAAAGUCUGGAUAUGGGCGAAAACCCAGCCCAGAGAAAACGCAAUCGCAUGGAGGAUAAUUAUCGACAUUAGUCAGAGUUUUAAUUAAAGAAAGAGAUGUUUUCAGUAAGCAAUUACCACAUAAACGCAAAACGAAUUUAAUUUGGUGAAAAUAUUCCGAUAUACAAAAAGAAAAACAAAGAAAAUAUAUUCUUAUAUAUAGAGCUCCAUAA